AAAGUACCUCCUUUCAACUUGAAUUUAGUGGAGUGUAAAUAAAAAUCUUCGACUCGAACUUCAUCCACAUAGAUAAAAUAGAUUUGGUGUUUACGGAGAAGACCAUUUUCGUGCACUUUGAUCAAAACAAUAUAUAAAAAGUCAAACAGAAUCAACUCACUCAAGUGUUUCGAUAACAGCAGUGAUAAGAUGAGGUCGUUAUCAGUUAGGCUAUUUAUAAAAGAAUAAGAUAUGAAGACAUUUGUAUAGUUUGAGCAUCACCUCAUCACCCAGUGAAGAAUGAUGAAUACAGUGUUGUGUAUCAUAUCCUUCAUGAGCAUCCUCACUGCUCAUAUACUCCCCGAGAAUGAGAUACAAUUCGAGCCCUUGUCGGAUGAAAUGAUUGCGUAUAUCAAUCAGCAUGUAAGUUCCACUUUCAAUGAAAUAUUUCCUGUCUGGUAUACUGCUUACCAUACUACUUAUGUGAUACACACAUUCACUCAUUCUCACUAUCGAAUAUCUACGAAUGUGAUGAUGAAUUGAUGAUGAAUGUGUUAGAUGCAGAAAUGUCUACUGACGAGCAGCGAGACACACCUCACCAAUCAAUACUGUUCCCUCAGCCUGAUGCUGGUUGGACAGCUAGCCGAAGUGAUCGAUUCAAAUCGCUAGAAGACGCACGAAUUCUACUCGGCGCGAUGCGUGAGGAUGAAGAGUUAAGAAAGAAGAGACGACCAACAGUUGACCAUCAAAAUGUGAGCUUGGAAAUACCAUCGAGCUUUGACUCACGAAAGAAGUGGCGUCAGUGUAAAAGUAUAUCGAAUAUUCGUGACCAAUCCCGAUGUGGUUCAUGUUGGGCAUUCGCUGCAGUUGAAGCAAUGAGUGAUCGUAUCUGCAUUGAGUCGAAAGGGAAGAAAUCUGUGGAAUUAAGUGCAGUCGAUCUACUCAGCUGUUGUACAGAAUGUGGUUUGGGCUGCCAAGGAGGAUUUCCUGGAGCAGCCUGGGAUUACUGGGUAGAAGACGGCAUUGUUACUGGCAGUUCGAAAGAGAAUCACACAGGCUGUCAACCAUAUCCAUUCCCUAAAUGCGAACAUCAUACUACGGGAAAGUAUCCAGAAUGUGGUGAAAAGAUUUACAAGACACCGAAAUGUCAUCAGAAGUGUCAGAAAGGGUACAAAACACCCUAUGGGAAGGACAAGUACUAUGGGAGAAUGUCUUACAACGUGCUUAAUAACGAGAAUGCAAUCAAGAAAGAAAUUAUGAUGCAUGGACCAGUGGAAGCAGCUUUCACAGUACACUCAGAUUUCCUUAAUUAUAAAUCUGGAAUCUACAAAUAUAUGACAGGAGCAGAAAUCGGUGGACAUGCUGUUAGAAUCAUAGGAUGGGGUGUAGAGAAGAAAACGCCCUAUUGGUUGAUUGCUAAUUCGUGGAAUGAAGAUUGGGGCGAGAAAGGAUACUUUAGAAUAUUACGUGGGAAAGAUGAAUGUGGAAUUGAGUCAGAGGUUACAGGUGGAUUACCUCAUCAUUGAUUUAUUUCAUUCCUGUUGAAUUGAGUACUUGUAACUACUCAUUCUAAAUAAAGUAUAUUUAC